GUUGCUAUGUAGUCCACAUAUUCCUCUGCAUGUCAUGAUACAAUUCAAGUUCAAACCAGCUUUAUAUAUGAAUUUGGAGAAAGAAGAUGUACCUCAAACACAUUCCCACCACACAGUCACUGCCUCAAAGGAACCCCAAUAACAAAAACAGACACACACUCCCUUCCCCACUCGCUCUCCCCAUUUAAUUUCCAUUAAAAUUCAAAAGCUCCAAUUCAUAGUAAACCAAACCAAAAGAACAUACACAACACAACACAACACAACACCCCAACAUCCAACAUGUUCUCCAUUCUCCUCCUCCUUCUUCCUCCUCUAACAAUCACUCUUUUCACCGUUUUCCUCCAAAUCCAAACCACCUCUUCUCUCUCCUCUUCCCUCCAAACCCCUCUCAUAUUGCCUCUUAAAACACAAACACUCCCAUAUGGCUUAGUUUCACUUCCAACACCAUCGUCCACACGUAAGGUCUCAUUCUACCACAACGUAACCUUAACCGUUUCACUAACCGUAGGCACGCCCCCACAGAGCGUUACCAUGGUCCUCGACACAGGCAGCGAGCUCUCCUGGCUCCACUGCAAAAAACAACAAAACAUUAACUCAGUUUUCAACCCACAUCUAUCUUCCUCCUACACCCCAAUACCAUGCAUGUCUCCUAUCUGCAAGACUCGAACUCGAGACUUUUUGAUACCCGUUUCGUGCGACUCAAAUAACCUCUGCCACGUCACCGUCUCCUACGCCGACUUCACCUCCUUGGAGGGCAACCUCGCCUCAGACACGUUCGCCAUAUCCGGGUCGGGUCAACCGGGAAUUAUAUUCGGGAGCAUGGAUUCCGGGUUCAGCUCCAACGCAAACGAAGACUCCAAAACAACCGGGUUAAUGGGCAUGAACCGAGGGUCGCUCUCGUUUGUGACCCAAAUGGGGUUUCCGAAAUUCUCGUACUGCAUCUCCGGCAAAGAUGCUUCCGGCGUGUUACUCUUCGGCGACGCCACGUUCAAGUGGCUUGGACCGUUAAAGUACACUCCUUUGGUGAAAAUGAAUACCCCAUUACCCUACUUCGACCGGGUCGCGUACACGGUUCGGUUAAUGGGCAUUCGGGUCGGGUCAAAACCGCUACAGGUUCCAAAGGAAAUCUUCGCGCCAGAUCAUACCGGGGCGGGUCAGACAAUGGUUGAUUCGGGUACUCGAUUCACUUUUCUUCUCGGUUCGGUUUACACUGCUUUGAGGAACGAGUUUGUGGCGCAGACGAGAGGGGUGUUGACCCUUUUGGAGGAUCCGAAUUUCGUGUUUGAAGGGGCGAUGGAUCUGUGCUUUAGGGUUAGAAGAGGGGGUGUUGUGCCGGCGGUGCCGGCGGUGACGAUGGUGUUUGAAGGGGCGGAGAUGAGUGUUUCCGGUGAGAGGUUACUGUAUCGGGUGGGGGGUGAUGGUGACGUGGCGAAAGGGAAUGGUGACGUGUACUGUUUGACGUUUGGGAAUUCGGACUUGUUAGGGAUUGAGGCUUACGUGAUUGGACACCAUCAUCAGCAAAACGUGUGGAUGGAGUUUGACUUGGUCAACUCCAGGGUUGGAUUUGCUGACACCAGGUGUGAACUUGCCAGUCGAAGACUUGGUUUGGAUUCAUAAGUACAUGUUUGGAUGUUCAUUCAAAACUCAUUUAAUGGAAAAAAGAAAAACAUACAUUUUUGAGGUAACGUCUAUUAUAUUCAACAAAACUGUUUCACAAACACACAUUCAGUUUUACUUUGGUUUGGGUGUGGCCUACCAUUUGGGAGAUUAGGUUAGUCUCGUGGAAAUUUGGAGAAGCGAAUUAUAUAGGUUUGGUAAAUAUUAGUUGUACUAGUUUUGUUCUUAUUUUAUUUUGAGGAUGUGCUAGGUUUGUUCUUAAAUCUAACUACUUGUUAGUGACACAUGCAAUUUGGUGAGGUGUCAUGUGAUGAUGAUGUUUUUUUAUUAAGAGGUUCUUAUUUUGGUCAAUCUGUAUAGGUAAGUGGAGGCAGCAGAGAAGUAUUAAUGGUAGGGUAAGUAAUAGUGUUACUUAAUGUGACAGUUACAACUAAGUGAACAGAGUUUAAUUUAAGCUGAAGCGAUCUUGCUUGCCAAAUUGAACUUCUAGUAUAAUUUUAAGAAUUUAGUAUGUUA